UUGAAUCUUAAUUCGAGUAAAACUAAAUGAGGUUCAAUAUCCGCUGGUGUACAUGAUCUGUGUUUGUCAGGUCUGGUAAGAUUUAUAUAAUCUGUGUUUGUCAGGGAAAAGUCAUAAUGCGUCAGAAUGUAAUUAAAUAGUAGUUGGUUAGAUGGUGGUCAGCAUAGAUUAUACACUUAAUAUAUUCGGAAGGCGUCGUGGAUGGGCUGCUCGUUGUCGAGUUGUCCCGUGGUGCAGCAGUGCUGUGGCUGCGUGCCCCUGCGCGCCGGAGUCGUCAUGGUUGCGCUCGCUGGCGCGCUGUGGGCGGCAGUGUUCAUCUUCUUGUUCACAGCGACCGGCAACAGUUGGUUGCUGAGUGUCGGCCUUCCUAAAUCGUUGGAAAAUGUCCGUUUUGUGCAUGGCGCGCUGGGAGUUGUGGUUUGUUUGUUCCACGUGUUGCUGCUGGCGGGCGCGGCGUGCGAGAGCGCGGCCCUGUGCGAGCUGUACGUGUGGUCCGCGGUCCCCUGCGGAGCGACCCUGCUCGCGUGCGGCUGCUGCCUCAGUGUCUCCGCGGCGCUGGGUUCCGCGCCACUCUUCGCGACGCUCUGCACGGGCUUCACCUUGUUCUACAUCGUGCUCACUCUGUACUUUGUUGUUGUAGUCGCUAAUUAUAGAUUGACGAUUCCUUAUUUUUUAUUUUCGUAACUUUGAGGUUUUUCUUUGACAGUUACGU